UCGAGCCCGGGCCCUCUGCGCCCACCGCUGCCCUCGGGGGCGCGCUGGCCCGCCAUGGACCACCUCCCCGACCUGCCCCUGAUCGGCCUGGCGCCCCUCUCGGCGCGGUCGGCGGGCAGCAGCUGCGGCAACACCGCCCGGUCCUCCGAGGGCAAGGGGACGCCCCGGGAGCACGAGUGGCACCACCUCGGGGCCCGCCCGCCCCGCACGACCUCCUCUGGCGCGGUGGUGCCCCGGCUGGUGGUCGACGGCGUGCCGCGGGCAGUCGGCAGCCCGCUGGCCACCGCGCGCGGGCUCUCGUCGCCGUCCAGCCCGACGUCCUCGCGGUGUGCCGCCAGCUCGCGGAGCCUCACGGAGCUCCAGGACGCGGUGCACCUCGCCGCCGGGCCCUCUCCCAGGAGUUCGCGGGGCGCCGCGCCGGGGUGUGGCGCCGUGCCGCCGCAGUGGGCCAAGGACCUGUCCCGCGAGAUCGAGAUCAUGCGCCACGUGAUACUGCAGGAGAACUCGCGGCUGCGGGCGCACAUCCAAGAGGAGAAGGAGGCCCUGAGGCUGCUGCGCGGCUGGGCCGCCCACGAGCAGUCUGCCAGUGCAGCGGGCGCCCGCGAAGUAUCUGGAGGCAGCGUGCCGUGGAGUGGACCAUCCGCGGGGUGGACGUCUCCGCCUGCCGCCUCGGCGGCGGCGGCUGCUGCACCGCCGCCAGGUUCGUGCUGCCAGACCGUACCCGCAGCUCCGCUUCGAGGUCGCGCUCGGCCUCGAGGCCGCCCCGGGCGCGGGCGCGGCCGCGCUGGCCGCGCGGGCCGGGCUCCGCGUGUGGGGCGGCCCGCCUGGGGGCUCCGCGCCGCAGGAGCUCCAGGUGUCGCUGCAGGUGGAGGAGCUGGCCGACGGCGAGGGCGCGGGCGACAUCGGCGUGCGCCCGCUCGGCAGGGUGGACGAGACCUUGCCGUCGGGGGAUGGCACCGUCGUCUGCGAGUGUUCCAUGCCCGCGGGUGCCCCCGCCACGGUGCUCUGCAAGGUUCGCCUGUCGUCCGCGAUCCCCUUGGACGGCGCCGCGGACAUCGUCUGCCUCUCCUCGCCCUCGGCACCACGCGGGGCGCCGCCGCGGCCUGAGCCCGCGGCGCGGCGAGCGGGCGACUCGAGCGGGAGCCCUCCGCCUCCAGGGGCACGGGCUCGGGCCCUGCAGCGUCGCUGGGAGAAAGUGCGCGCCCUCGCCGUGCCGCGGCCGGCGAGCGUAGAAGCACGGUGCCGUGGACAACCUGGGCAUGCACGUGCGGCGUGGCCGUCUUCGGAAAGGG